CGGGCCAAAGAAUCAACAAACAAAAUAUACAAUAUUAUUUAUUGAAUAUUUGAAUAACAGUUUCAACUAGAAUGCAAACAUGUCCAAGCUAACAAAAGCAACACUCAGUUUAAAGCAGUUCAUGCUGCGCCAGGAGGUGUUGAAGCUAUACAGAGAGAUUUGGCGAACCACGCGAUUGGUGCCGGAUAAACAAAGUCAGCAAGAGUUGAGAGACUGGGCGAGACAUGAUUUCCAAACAAAUCGUAGCCAGAGCGACGAGGUGGCCAUCAAGAUGCUGAUGCAGAGCGGCAGACGUAGUCUAACAGAGCUGCAGACCAGCCUGGAGCUGAGUGGCAUUCGUGUAAAGGGCCAAAAGGGCAACAAGUGAAAAUGAGAGAGAAAGGCAUAGUGGUUUUAUUAGCAGCUAAAGCAGCUCGACAUAUAAAUAUACAUGUAUAUAUAAAUAUAAACAAAAGAAGAGAA